UACACUGUAAACAAUAAAUCAAAUGGAGACUCAACCUUCUCACUUUGAGGAGAAUCUUAUCUGUCCUAUCUGCUACAAUAUCUUCAGAGAUCCGGUUCUCCUGCUGUGUUCCCAUACCUUUUGUUUGGACUGUCUGGAGCAGUACUGGGAGCACAUAGACUCACAGAUAUGCCCUAUAUGCAGGACAGAAUUCUGCAUGGGAAAUCCUCCGUACAACCUUGCCCUGAAGAACCUGUGUGAGAUCUUCUUACUGGAGAGAAAUACGAAGGCAUCUGCGGACGCUGAGUUACUCUGCAGUCUCCAUGGAGAGAAACUUAAGCUCUUUUGUCUGGAGGAUAAGCAUCUUGCAUGCAAGAUGUGUGUGAAUGUGGAUAUGCAUGUCAAUCACACAUGCAGACCUCUAGAUGAGGCAGCAGGGGCUCUCAAGGAGGUACUCAAAACAAACCUGAAGCCUUUGAUAGAGAAGCUUAAAGUCUUAAAAGAUGAGAAAUUCAUCUGUAAUCAAAGAGCAAAUCACAUCAAGAAUCAAGCCCAGCAAACAGAGGCAUGUAUUAAGGAGGAAUUUGAGCAGCUUCAUCAGUUUUUACAAGAUGAAGAGGUGGCCCGGUUAGCCACUCUGAGAGAGGAAGAGGAGCAGAAGAGGAAAAUAUUAGAUGAGCAAAUACUCAAAAUUAACUGUGAACUCUCAUCUCUCAAAGAAAGAAUCAGAGCCACUGAGGAAGAGAUACAGUCCAACAAUAUCUCAUUCCUGUUGAACUUCAAAGGCCAACUUGAAAUUACUCAGUGCACCAGUCCAGAAUGUCCAGAGAAGCUGCCAGAAGUUUUGAUCGAUGUGGCAAUGCACCUAGGGAAUCUGAAAUUCAACGUGUGGCAGAAAAUGAGGGUUGUCACUCAAUAUAUUCCUGUCAUCCUUGAUCCAAACACUGCUCACCCAUGUCUGCACCUCUCCAACAAUCUGGCUGAUGUGAGAUUUGGUCAGUGGAGUCAACAGGCUCCAGGCUACCCAAAGAAAUGUGAGGGGUAUACAAGUGUCCUAGGUUCUGAGGGAUUCAAUGCAGGGACUCACUACUGGGAUGUUGAGGUUGAGGACAACACCACAUGGGCCCUGGGAGUAAUCUCAGAGUCUGCGAUCAAGUCAAAAGACAAUCUCCCCAUUUCUGGUUUAUGGCGCUUAGGUUAUCACAAUGGUAAAUAUGGACAAGGACAUUCGGGGGAUGUUUUAACACCGUUUUUGGUGAAAGAGAAAGUCCAGCGCAUUAGAGUCUAUCUGGACUUCAACAGAGGAGAAGUGUCGUUUCUCAACCCUCUCACUGAUAUUCAUCUCCAUACCUUUAAACACACCUUCACUGAGAAAGUUUUUCCAUACUUUUGUAAUGUGUGUCCAUCUCAAAUACUCAGAAUCUUGCCAGUGCAAAAAUCUAUCACAGGAAUGUAGUCUGAAGAUAAAAGUGCACGUUCGCGUUAGCUAGCUGUGCCAAGCAAGCUCAACAGUGAGUUCCAGAAGUAAAAUCUCAUACAUUUUUGUCCACAGAUACAUUUAUUUUGUUUAAACCUUUCAAUACAGACUUACCAUGAGCUCCAAGCUGUUAAGCAAUAAUAUUCUCUAGAAGUCACAAGUCAAUGUGAUUUCAAGCUUUAGAUGAACAGUGCAUUUUGAUGUUUUUUUUUUUCUUUUUUUCUUAUGGUUUCUAUUGUUUCACUCAUAGAUUAUUUAUGCAUUGAAUUACGGAGGUAGUUUUGUGUAGUAAGACAAAUGUACAGUAGGUCUUUCCUUUUGUGAUUUUAACCUCCCAAUCACAUACAUAACAUUUUUCCUGCAUACCAUGCUUUGUCUGAAGCACAUACUUUUCCCCAAUCAUUUACAAAAGUUUGGAAUAAUGUACAGAUUUUGCUCUUAUGGAAAGAAAUUGGUACUUUUAUUCACCAAUGUGGCAUUCAACUGAUAACAAUGUAUAUUCAGGACAUUAAAAAUUUGAAAAAUUACUAUUACAAUUUGAAAAAAAAAAAAUUCUUAUUAAAAAAUCCUCCAUGUGCAUCAAUGACAGCUUUGCAGAUUCUUGGCAUUCUAUCUGUCAGUUUGUCCAGAGACACACGGGCACUUCACACACACCUUACAGUCUAGCUGAUACCACAAAAGCUCAAUGGUACGUUUUCCAAUUUUAUGUUGUCCAAUGUCUGUAUAUCUGCUCAUUCUAACCUUUUCUUUUCACUUUCUGUUUCAAAAGUGGCUUUUUCUUUGCAAUUCUUCCCAUAAGGCCUCCUGAGUCUUCUCUUUACUGUUGUACAUGAAACUGCUGUUUAGCAGGUAGAAUUCAAUGAAGCUGUCAGCUGAGGACAUGUGAGGCAUCUAUUUCUCAAACUAGAGACUCUGAUGUACUUAUCCUCUUGUUUUGUUGUACAUCUGACCUUCCACAUCUCUUUCUGUCCUUGUUAGAGCCAGUUGUGCUUUGCCUUUGAAGACUGUAGUGUACACCUUUGUAUGAAAUCUUCAGUUUUUGGGCAAUUUCAAGCAUUGUAUAUCUUUCAUUCCUCAAAACAAUGAUUGACUGACGAGUUUCUAGAGAAAGCCAUUUUUGACCUAAUAUUGACCUUAAGACAUGCCAGUCUAUUGUAUACUGGAGUAACUCAAAAACAAACACAAAGACAAUGUUAAGCUUCAUUUAAUGAACCAAAUAGCUUUCAGCAGUGUUUGAUAUAAUAGCAAGUGAUUUUCUAGUAUCAAAUUAGCAAUUUAGCAUGAUUACUCAAAGACAAGGUGUUGGAGUGAUGCUGCAGUCUAGAUUUGAUCAAAAAUAAUCUUCAAAUAGUGAUUGUGCUGUUUUUUACUUCAGUACUGUCCUGACUAUACUUUGUGAUCAGUUGAGUGAAUUAAAGUACCAGUUUCCUUCUGAAACAGCAAAAUCUGUACAUUAUUCCAAAUGUAUUCUCUAUAUCCUUUGUAUUUUAUAUACUGUGUCAAUUCAAGAUUCUUGGUAUAUUUAUUUUAUGUUUACAUUUUUGUGUAUUUAUACCAUGGAAUGUCUAUUGGCAGCUGCAGAUUCCCUCAUGAAAAUAAAAGUAUUUGUAGUUGGUGGGUUGAAAAUAAUCAACACAGGAUACAAAAAUAUAUUUUGGGGUUUUAUUCUGAUGGCUGUUAAAAACAGGAAAAAAAGCAACGGUUGAUGUGGCCUUAUAUAAAAAAGAAAUGAAAUCCAAAAAUGAAGUACAAAAAUAAAAUACGGAAUUGAAAUAUGGAACUGAAAUAAAGCACAAUUAAAUACAGUAGAGGCUAAUGUCAAAACAAAAUACAAACAGGGCAUUAGGCUACCCAUAUGCCUUAACACAUCCUUAAUACAUGCUUAUAUCAUUCACAGUAUUUUAUGCAUUUAACACAUGCUUAAAUCACCCAAAACAUCCCAUGCAUCCAGGCUUCAAGGACAUGUAUCGCAGUUCAAUUCUCAUUAUACAUUUUCACUUAAAUUGAAAAAAAUGUGGGCUAUUAAUCAUUGAAUGAGAUAUGAUUAAUAGUAAAUUUACGCUACAUAUCCAGUCAUCACACGUGACAAUUUGGUCAAACUCCACACAUGCCCCCCACACGAGGGUCCAGGCAGGGUCAGAGGGUUAAAGUUCCCCUUGCCUGAUCAGGAAAACUAAGGGUGGGUACAAGGUCGGGAACAUCACGGUGAACAAAUUUGAAAUCCCCCCAAAAAACUAACAAUAAACUUGAAACAUAAACAUAAACAUGAAUCAACUAAAUACACAUGACAACAUCUGAUCGACUUUUAUAUUCUGAUA